UUUUAACAAAAUAUCAUCGUUUCACCCCUAAAUUGAAUUUAUAAUAAUAACGUAUUCUCACUUGUAUAUUAGACUGAUUUUGGUAUUAAAACCAGAUCCUGUCGUUUUAGAUUAGCAAAAUUUACCUGUGUCGCGCACAGGUGAAAGAAAUUUAAAUUGAAAUCUAAUCGAAGGAAUGUGACUUUGAUGACAGCGCCACCACCAGUGACAAAAGCAAAAGAGACCGCCAUAAUGGCGUCCGAAGCCAUGAUGAUGUUUAUGACUAUAUUAUUUCUAUCUUUGAUCUCUACAGGUUAUUGUAUUCAAUGUUUUCAGUGUGAUAGUAAUGAAGAUAUAUCAUGUCCAGCUGAAGAAUCAUUUGAUAGUUAUGUCAAUGCUUUAGUUGAUUGUAACAGUUUUGAGGCCAAUGUUCCUGGUCAGUUUUGUAUGAAAAUUAUUCAAGAGAGCCCAGGAUGGAGAGGAUGGAAGAAAAUAACUAGACGAUGUGGAUCAAGAACAGAUUUUGGUGUUGCAUGGGGUUGUAGAUGGUCAUGGGAUUAUACUGGUGUUUUUAGAGAGACGUGUUAUUGUGAAGAUAAAGAUGGUUGUAAUGGAGUUGGAAAAUUAUCCCUCAGUAUAAUCCUAGCCGUUUUCUGUAACAUCAUGGCAAUUACUUAUCAGAAAUUAUAAAUUAAAUAUUUCACAAUGACAGCUAUUCAUUCCUUUUUCAUCCAUUUUUAUUGAACAUUGUUUAUUUGUAAUUUUUUGUAAGCUAUAAGCAAGUACACAUAAUUGUAUUACUAAAUUAAAUCCCUGUAUUUUAGGCUUAUGAAAGAAAAUCUGUACAAAUUUGCUUGCUUUUGAAUCGUUAUUUAGCUGUGGAAUAUAUAAGCACAGAUGUAUAAAUCACUUUGGUUUUUAGAUUUGAAAAAAGAUAAUUACUGAUUCAUCAUAUCGCCAUUUUUAUUGCCUUUUGUAAAUACAUAUAAAUAUUUUUGCAUUUUAUGCAAAUUAUAUCUUUUUAAUAACUUUUGUAUGUGCAGGUUACUAUCUGCUUUAUGCCACCAUUAUAUCAAAACAUAUCAUUUUCUAUAAUGGAAGUUGUAAUUAGUUUAUGUAUGAUCCGACAUAAUAUUGUAAAUAUUAGAUAAAUAUUCCCUUUAUAAUUAGCAAAUGAUGAAUGAGGUUGAUUGUGUUGUGUGAAUGGUUUUUUAGUAUAAACAAAAUUAAAAAAUUAUUUCAUAUCUUUGGCACUUACAUUAACAUAAAUGGUUGGCCCGCAUUGAAUUUGAAUCCCAUUAACAACAAAAAGAUAAUACAUGUAUAUUCAUUUUACAGUCUCUGGUUUCACCAUAUUCAGCCACAUAUUCCCAGAAUGAUGAAUAUUUGAGGGUGAUGGUAUAUAAUCAUUGAUAUUAUAAAAUGGAUUAGGAAUUAUUAAACUAAAAACUGUAAUCAACCAAUCUUUUAUAAUAAAACCUAAUGCGGGUCUCUUAUUAGACAUGUGUAUAUUUAACUUUUUAUUUUAAACCUUUAUUUUUGUAUGGUUGUGAAUGUUUAAUGAACUGUUGAUUUAUCUAUGCAUUGUAUUGGUUAUUUGGAAAUGAUCUUCAAAAUUCAAAAGUUAAUGGAUAAUUUUAUAUAGGCAAGUUAUUUAUAAGGUAUCAUUUAUAAAUUUAAACACCAAAUUUAACACGAGUGAUAGUUUUCAUGAGGUAUGAUUUAAUUUUAAAAGACACUUUCCCCCACUAAAGCAGCAGAUUGUGAAUCAUUUCCAAAUGUUUGUACAUUCCUUUCUAAAAUAUGUAAUAUUUUUUUAUAUAAAAUACAUUUUUUAUAUUA